AUGGCAGCGCUCAUCAAAGGAUUAAAGUUUGCCUCCCUAAUAGUACCCAAAAACCCGGCCCUCCUGGCUCUGGCCGCCCGGCAAGCCCACGGAUGGAAUAAGGAUUUCAAACCGGCCACCUUUCCACAGACGGAGAAAGAACGGGAAGCGGCUGCUCGUAAAUAUGGGCUGCACCCGUCGGAAUAUCAGCCACUUGCCGACGACGGUACCGGAAUCGGUGACUAUCCCAAACUGCCGGAUGUGCCCGUGGAGGCACGCGAUCCCUACUAUCCGUACGACUUUCCCGAACUGAAGCGAAACUUGCACGAUACGAUCCGACUAAGCAAGCAAGGCAAGUUCCUUAUUCGUUACUGGCUCGAUGUCGUGGGCUCCCGCGUCGUACGGGGUGAGUGGCCACUGCGUUGGGCCAUGCUGCGGGAAAACCUUGGCGACCUUGGGCAAUCGAAUCUCGCCAGUUUAACUCUAUAG